CCUGUUUUGCAUUCCACUUAUAAACUAAUAAGAAGCUUGUGUGUGGCGGACUUUCGUCCGUACACCACCGUUGGUUGGAACUUACUCCUCUUUAUGCUAUUUAUUGUUAUCCGCAGUGGGUUGUAACGUUGUAUGUAAGAAUGUACGAGUUCAGUGUGAGUUUGGGAGAGGUGUGGUUAGCGUCGGCUCCACGGUGACUUAGCAACGCAGUUCUAGCUAGCUGCCGUUAGCUGAUGCUAGCUGCCGUUAGCUGACGCUAGCUAAAUUGACGUCUGUAAAGGUCGGGUCAGCGUCACAGUGCUGCGUGGUUCAUCUUUCACAGUCGACAUGUCUCAACUCUCCGACUCUGACGACACCACUCCGUUGCUCGGGGAUGAUUCGAGCAGCGAUGCCUCUCAGGAUGAAGAUUACAGGAGUCGUUGGCGGUCCAUCCGGGUCAUGUACUUCACCAUGUUCCUCAGCAGUGUAGGUUUCACUAUUGUCAUCACAUCGCUUUGGCCCUAUUUACAAAAGGUCGAUGAUAGUGCCAGUGCCACCUUCUUGGGAUGGGCCGUGGCAGCUUACAGCCUCGGCCAGAUGGCAGCCUCGCCCAUCUUCGGCACUUGGUCCAACUACCGGCCCCACAAGGAGCCCCUUGUGUGUUCCAUCAUCUUGAACCUGUUGGCCAAUGUCUACUACGCCUACGCAUACCUGCCCAGAACCAAUAACAAGUUCCAUGUGCUCAUAUCCAGAGCCUUAGUGGGCUUUGGAGCAGGUAAUGUUGCGGUGGUGAGGUCCUAUGUAGCCGGAGCUACAUCACUAAAGGAGAGGACCGGUGCCAUGGCGAACAUGAGUGCCUGUCAGGCCUUGGGUUUCAUCCUAGGACCAGCUCUGCAGGCCUGCCUGUCAUUCAUCGGUGAGCACGGCGUCACGGUGACCGUUAUAGACCUGCAGCUCAACAUGUACACUACUCCGGCUUUACUCGCCGCAGCAUUCUGCUUCAUCAACAUCGUGCUGGUUGUUUUUGUGCUGAGACCCCACCACGUUGAUGAGCAGGGACGUGUUCAAGCCAUCAACUACACAUCGGAGGAUGGAGAGGAUGUUGUUGAAGAGAGUGAUCGGACCAUUGAUCACAUAGCGGUCCUGACUUCCAACGCUCUCUUCUUCAUCGUCAUGUUCAUCUUUGCGGUCUUUGAGACAAUUAUCACCCCCUUGUCCAUGGACAUGUAUGCUUGGACCAGGACAGAAGCUGUGUUAUACAACGGCAUCAUCAUCUGCUGCAUUGGAUUACAAUCCAUAUUGGUGUUUAUAAUUGUAAAAGUGGUCUCUGUAAGGUAUGGGGAUCGUCCUGUGAUGCUCGCUGGCUUGGUCAUUAUACUCUGUGGUUUCUUUAUUCUCCUUCCAUGGGGAAAUCAUUAUCCUAAAAUCCAGUGGGCAGACCUGAAAAACAGCUCAUUAGUCGGUGAGAUGAAUAAAGCCUCGAACCACUCUGCGGAGCCAACGGGCUGCCCGUAUGAACAGACCUGGUGCCAGUACACUCCUUCCAUCCAUCUGGCGCAGUUCAUCUCCUCUAACAUCCUCAUCGGGGUGGGGUACCCGGCCUGCAACGUGAUGUCAUACACACUGUAUUCCAAAAUCCUGGGACCCAUACCUCAGGGCGUGUACAUGGGCUGGUUGACAGCCUCGGGGAGCGGCGCACGAACAGUGGCCCCCGUCUUUGUCUCCCAGGUCUACACCAUCCUGGGACCACGCUGGUGCUUCAGCCUCAUCUGUGGCAUGGUGGUAGGUGCCAUCGUCCUCCUCAGCUGUUGUUACCACCGACUCGUGGCCUUUUCUGUACGCCAUAGAAGAAGCGUGUAAUGAAAACUGAAGAUUCCCACUGGACAGCCGCACUGCCUGAUAUCAAACGUAACUGUCCACUCGUCACCGUCUGCAGCCAUCUCGAGUCGGACAUUGCCUCAAUUCUAAUAAGUCUCCAUGACUGCUGAAGGGUUACAUUCUUCAUUUCAUUCUUCUUCCAACUAAUCACCAAAGACCAGCACCUGAAUACAACGGCAUUUCAAGUUAACUGGCGAUGUGUUACCUUGCCACCGUACUCUGGACUAUGAGUGGAGCAGAG